CUUACGAUAAGCAUGGGCCUAAUAAGUGUCUUGUUUCGUUAUAAUGGGCCCAGAGUUUUCGUCUUCCGGGAUAUUUCUCCCCCCCCGCCUCCCCUUUCAUGGCGACGACUUGAGUGGAUUCUUUGUAUUGACGACGAACCAACAAUCGAGGUUGAGGGGAGACCUUGGCACAGAGCAGCAGCCUAUGUACGGAUCUAGAGGGGCAAUGUUUGGGAGCGGGGUGGGCUCAAAGAGACAAAGAAUGAUGCAAUCAAAUCCCUACAACUUGGCAGUUGGCACGGGAGCAGCCAGCUUUCCUCCUUAUGGCGGAUUCCCUGUGGUUCGCCUCCGUGGUCUUCCCUUCAACUGCGCUGACGUGGACAUCUUCAAGUUCUUUGCCGGCCUCGACAUUGUCGAUGUCUUGCUGGUCAGCAAAAACGGCAAAUCCUCCGGGGAGGCCUUUGUCGUCUUUGCCGGUCCAAUGCAAGUGGAGAUUGCACUGCAGAGGGACAGGCAGAAUAUGGGUAGGAGAUACGUCGAAGUUUUCCGCUGCUAUAAGCAGGAUUACUACAACGCCGUUGCCGCUGAGGAGGAGGGAGCAUACGAGGUCCAUGUUAGCCCACCUCCCGCGGGACCGUCUAGAGCAAAGAGUUUUAGCGAGAAGAAAGAGAAGCUCGAGUACACUGAGGUUUUGAAGAUGCGAGGCCUCCCGUACUCUGCCAACAAGCCUCAAAUCAUAGAGUUUUUCAGCGGGUACAAGGUUAUUGAAGGAAGGGUGCAUGUUGUGUGUCGACCUGAUGGUAAAGCCACGGGCGAGGCCUUUGUGGAGUUUGAGACAGCUGAGGAGGCAAGGAGGGCGAUGGCUAAGGACAAAAUGUCCAUUGGGCCAAGGUACGUGGAGCUGUUUCCAACUACUCGUGAAGAGGCUCUAAGAGCUGAGUCGAGGACUAGGCAAUGAUGACUUUGUCCUUCACUAUGAUUGUAUACAUUAUAUAUCCUGUGGACUAAUUUUGCUAGGUAAAAACCCAAAAUGUUCAUCUGUGGAAUAAAAAGACCUUGAGAUAUUGUUUUCGUUUAUCUCUAAGGGUUGAGUUUAGAAGAAAAUUAAUGGUAUUUUUUUAUACA